GUUCAAACCCUGCCAGCAGCAUACACAUUGCCUCUCGGCAUCAGCUGCACUGCUCACGCACAAGCUUGGUCGCUUGGUAUAAUAGUGGCGGCCGCCAUCCGUUGGUUUGGUUGUCACUGCUACGUCGCCGCUCUACGUCUCUCUCACAAGCUUUGCUUUCUCUGCCCCGGCCGUACGCUUCUCUGCUCUCAACUGUUCCGGGCAAGUAGCCUUGAUAUCUUGGCCGGGACCGGGAGGGGCGGAAGCUAGCUAGAAAUGGAUCCUCCGCCACCACCGUUCGCCUCCAGCAGCUCGUCCUCGCCCUCGCCGCCGUCGCCAUCGUCGUCGUCGUCCAGCGCGAGCAUCACCAUGGUGAUCAUCACCGUCGUGGGCAUCCUCGCGGCGUUCGCGCUCCUCGCCAGCUACUACGCGUUCGUGACCAAGUGCCAGCUGCUGCGCGCGGUGUGGUCGCGCCACCCGCCGUGGCACCGGCGCGCGCGCGGGACAAGUGGCGGCCGGGAGGAGGCGGCGUACGUCGCAGGCCGCGCCUCAGCGACCGAGGACGCCAGGCGGGGCCUCGGCCUGCCGCUCAUCCGCAUGCUCCCCGUCGUCAAGUUCACGGCUGCGGCCUGUGAUGACGCCGGCGGCCUGGCGCCGAGGAUAUCCGUGUCGGAGUGCGCCGUGUGCCUGAGCGAGUUCGUGGAGCGGGAGCGCGUCCGCCUGCUGCCCAACUGCUCCCACGCCUUCCACAUCGACUGCAUCGACACCUGGCUGCAGGGCAGCGCGCGAUGCCCCUUCUGCCGGAGCGACGUCUCGCUGCCGGCGCUCCCGUCGGCGCGGCGCGCCCUGGCGGCGGCGACGGCUGCCCUCCCCAGGCGCCGCGACGACGGGCUCGCCAGCGACAGCAUUGUGAUCGAGGUGCGAGGGGAGCACGAGAGGUGGUUCAGCAGCCACGGGACGACGACGACGACGGGCGCUCGUCCGGCCGGUGGCGGCGGCAGAGGGCCCCGGCACCCAAAGCAGCCGCCACGGCGGAGCAAGGCGGAGAGCGUCGGCGACGAGGCCAUCGACACGAGGAAGACGACGGACGUGGAGUUCGCGGUGGAGCAGCCCUUGCGGCGGUCCCUCUCCCUGGACUCCUCCUGCGGCAAGCACCUCUACGUGUCCAUCCAGGAGCUCCUCGCCACGCAAAGGCAAGUGCGCGAGCGCGAUCCGUCCGUGCAUUCAUGAUCCGCGGAUGCCAUGCCAUGGCCGUGCAGUCAGAACACCCUGCUGGCUGCUACCUCAUAGCACUGUAGAUGGCUGAUUGGCUGUGGUCAAUUCUUUUUUUAUUAUUAAUUCUUUUUUCACUACUACUAGGCGCUACUACGUACGGAGUACUACGUAGCUGUGACUGCAAGAAAAAAAAAACGACGCGCGCGCGCGCGUGGCUUUUUGUGCCCGGUGACGAGUAACGUAACGACAUCAUGCUCUGCUGCGCUGUGCGUCCCUCC